AUGUUAGCGAAAGGUGGAACGGUGGCACAGUUAGAGCUGCCUCUCAGCGAGAAGGUCAAGAGUGAAGUCCCUAAACUGGUGCCAUUCUUCAAGUCAACCUGUGUAUACUUUGUCCUGUGGCUGCCCACCUCAAGCCCAUCGUGGUUCAGUGCCCUCAUCAAAUGCCUGCCCAUCUUCUGCUUGUGGGUUUUCCUGCUGGCUCAUGGGUUCAGCUUCCUCUGUGUUCGCUCCAGCGCCCGCAAGAUCCUGGCUGGUCUUAUCUUUUCAGCUCUGGGUGAUGCCUUUCUCAUCUGGCAGGAGCAAGGUUACUUUGUCCACGGCCUUCUGAUGUUCGCCAUCACCCACAUCCUUUAUUCUUCUGCCUUUGGGAUGAAGCCAGUAAAUGUGCAUGCUGGCCUUGGGCUCACCGCUGCAUCCUCUUUUUGUUAUAUCAUGCUGUACCCCUACCUGUCUGCUCCCUUCACCUACCUGGUGGCCGUCUAUAUCGCUUUGAUUGGCUUCAUGGGCUGGAGAGCCGUCGCAGGCUUGCAGCUGGCCAACGACCUCUGGACCUGGACCAAGCUGUCUGCCUGCCUGGGCGCGGUGCUCUUCAUAGUCUCAGAUCUCACCAUCGCCGUCAACAAGUUCUGCUUCCCCGUGCCCUACUCUCGAGCUAUCAUCAUGGCCACCUACUAUGCCGCCCAGAUGCUCAUAGCCCUUUCAGUUGUCGAGUGUCAAGACGUGGAGAUUUCCAGGAAGAAAUCAUGAGGGGAAGUCAUCUCCGAGGGCAAGACAGUGGCUCCAGCUCCGGCCCUGAGUGAUCAUGGACGUAUCUCACUGCCAGAUCCCCAACCACCAGCCUUCAUCUCAGUGUGGCACUAACCACACUGCUGUUACCAUGCCGACUGAUCCACUACAUGACUAUCAUCCAGCUGUUCCACCAGUAUAUUAAUCUUUAUUCAAGAAGAUACGGUAGUAUUAUCUUCAGCUAUGCCCUGAUCCUCCAAAUCUAGAAAAGGUCGUCCCGUCAACCCCGUGGAGACGAGUAGAAAUAUUAGCCCAUUCUAUAGAGAGUAUUAC